AACGAUUUAUAAUAUUAGUUUUACAGACGACUUUUGGAUUAACAAAAGCUUGAGUUUUAUAUUUAUGGAUGCAGAUUAAUAAUCAGCGUUUUUAAGAAUUACCUCAACUACAUUCAACUUACAGCCGAGUGCACUCUUCAUUGAAAUGGAUAGUAGUAAGCGAAAACUUUAGUGAGACACACAUACACAGUGUGUAUGGUCAGAAGGUUAUUGAAAGAGCGAGUUUGGCGCAAGAUAGGUGCCGACACUUCAGAAGGUAGUAAAAUUUGGUUUUGAACGGAAAGUCAUAGCAACUGCGGUUUUCAGGGUUCAAUAGACGACAGUCGGGGGCACAUGCCAACGUGGAAAAGUGAUUUUCCUAGGUUGUUUUUCAGACCAGAUUUAGCCUACGAAAUUAAGGACAAAUUAGCGAACUUUUUAGAGGGAUUUUUUUUCGCAGGAUUGGCACCCCGACAUGCCCUCUUCACAUUGGUAUCUAAGCAAUUUCUAGAUUUCGCUUCUUUGAAAGACCCUAGACCUUUUAAGGAAGAAACUUCAUGCAGUACAUUUUUCGCUGAAAAGGAAAAAAAUACUCCGAAUAUAGGUUUUCGAUUAUGCUAAUCGACAUGAAAGGGUUUGUUCUGAUAUUGAAUUGUAAUUUUACGUUGAACUCAUGAGCACAAGCACAUGAAAAUGCUUAUUUUCGAGUUCCUUUGACAAACAAAAUAUGUUUUUCUUACAGUCUAGUUUCCAGCUUUAAUAGAGUGAUCAUAUUGGAAAGAAAUAUGCUAUAGAAAUCAUUCGUCUUUCAAAACUACACUGUAGUCUUAAUCCCAUUGAACUCUCAUGGAAUAAUCUCAAACAGUUUUUUCGUGAUCAAAAUACAACAUUUCGUCAGAAUGAUGUAAAACAAUUAAUUGAGCAAUUUAUGGUGGCGAUGGAUUAUAAACUUGCAAGUUCAUAUUUUCAUCAUGUUUAUAAAGUCGAAGAGAUGUAUAAAGCAGCAGAUGAAAUUAUGGAACAAGAAAUUGAACCACAUAUACAAUCUGAGAGUGAAGAAACAGAUUCUGGUGACGAUGAGGAAAGCGUGGAAUAA